CGAACGCAACGCAGCUCCGUUGCUGUGUUGAAUUGACAGUAAGCAAAUAUUGUGUUCUGAGUUAGGUGGACUGUCUUUACGAUCGAGGAUAAGAAUGAGUGAAAUGUUGUCGCUAGCAUGUGAAACUACAAUCGAUUCACUUCCCGAUGAGGUUCUCUGCAUGAUUUUCGACCAUCUGAGUGUUGGGAGCGUGAAAACAGCGUCCCUUGCUUGCAGGAGGUGGCAUGAUAUCAUCUUCUUGAGCAGUUAUUCAAAGAGAUUUAUAUUAGUUAUAGAUAUAAACAUAAGUUAUUGGAAAGAACAAAAAGGCGAUUUGCUGUAUGGUUCUCUGUGGUGGGAACUGUGGAAAACUAUGAAACGUAGUCAACGGUGCUACAGAAACAUACGCUGGUAUAUGAAAGAGUAUAUAAAUAAGGAUUUUACAUCGUAUUGGAAAUUAUUCCAUCCGCAAUGCACGGAAAAUCUUUCCUCACUGGAGCUUCACUGGCCUUGGGUAUUAUAUUCUGACAUUCAAAGGUUAACCCCAGUACUAGCUGCUUCAAUAACGCAGAUGACGAAUCUACGAUUCUUAUCAUUAACCCAUGGCUCGUCGAACGAUCCACUUAUGCAUAAUUUUAUACCCAGCUCUAUGACUUCAAAUCAUGAAACUGUACUUCGCAGCUAUUCUGUGCAGCAUCUGAAAAUAAGUGAUGGCUUUAUAGUUACUCUUGAUAUGCCAGCGAUACGAUCAUUUGAAGGGCCACUGUGCGUCCUUGCUCAACCGCGUGGCUCUGUGCAACCGGCGGGAUACGCUCAUCUGAAAAACGUCGCGUUAACAGAUGGUUCAGAGUUGACAGCUGAAAACAAAUCUUUUUUCCAGCGAUUUGGGAAUUUAGUAAAAAUUGAAUGUUUUUCCGACAUUGAUCUCGAUUGGCUCUUCAGUGCCAUAUGUGAUACGUGUAGUGGGCUUAAGGAACUACAUUUUGAAUACGACAUUUCGUUUGACGAUCCAGCCACGUAAAGGCAUCUCUCCAAGCUCGUCAAUCUUCGUCGAUUAUCAUUUCAUGGGAUCGAGAUGAUCGCGAGUACUCCUUUAGAUUUGUCGACACUGACUAAAUUAGAACAUUUGAAAUUAGGAUACACUGAUUUGAAGAAAGUGAGCUUAAUCGACCUCCCUCAGUCGAUCAGAUUUCUUAGCGUUUGUAUGGGGGAGGAGAAGGAGCAAAAUAUUAUACAGACCAUUAGCGCCUGUUUGACUCAGUUGCGAAUGCUGCAUUUAGAAUAUAAUUCUAGAAGAAACACUACCAUUACUCAGCAUACACUGAAAUAUCUACAUCUGCUGAAGAAUCUAGAGGAGCUGGUGUUGGAAGAUGCGAAAUUCGAAGAAUCUGUUUUCCUUAACAUGGAAGCUCCGA